UCCUCGCGCCACGCCACGCCGCCAACGCCGCUGCCUUCUACGAAACGAAACGAAAACUGCGGCGUCUUCUUUGGCCCAAUCAACCCCAGAUGACGCCACAUGUCACAACAUUUCUGCUGCAUCAAGCGGGAGGUGAAGGGGGGUUCGCUGCGCUACGAGAACAUUACUCGUCAAGCUGUAUUUUAAAUACCGUGCAGGGGAUUGUGAGAAGAGCGGGCACAGAUCGCUUAUUGGAGAUGGUGACCUAACGACAUGAUGUCCCGAUCAACACCAGUGUACUUCGAAGCCCUCGAUCCAAACGGCAGGCACUGAACGGUUAGUCAGCGCGGUAUGGCGAAGGCUGCUCAGCCUUUUGCACCCGCUGCUGCGUGUGCGCCGGUAACGAAGGUGGAAAUCAGCGUGUCUUGCAGGCAGCUCAAAGACAAGGACUUCUUCUCAAAGUCAGAUCCGAUGUGCGUGCUAUUCAUGAGAGAAUGUGACAGUGACUCGUGGCGGGAGGUGGGCCGAACCGAAAUGAUCGACAAUUGCCUCAACCCUGAUUUUGUCACGAAAUUCAUCGUCGACUACUAUUUCGAGGAGCGACAGCAACUGCUAUUCAAACUGUUCGACAUUGACAGCCCGAGCUUAGACCUUCAGAAUCACGACUUUUUGGGUCAAGUCAAGUGCACUUUGGGAGAACUAGUAUCUUAUCAGGGAACCCAAGUUAAGCUACAGCUGUCGCUAGACGCCCCCGAGCAAUUGGACUUCAAAAAACAAAUUAUAAGUGAAAGCGGCCUGCCUGGGAACUGCGGAUAUAUCUUACUAACAGUAGAAGAAGUGUUAGAUUGCAAGAAAAUUAUCGACAUGCAAUGGAAUGGCCACAAGUUGGACAAGAAAGAUUGGUUCGGAAAGUCUGACCCGUUCCUACAGUUCUACAGAAUCAGUGAAGACAAUACAUACACAGCAGUGUUUCGCACCGAAGCAGUAAAAAAAUCUCUAAACCCAACGUGGCGGCCAUUCGCCAUUCAGAUGCGACAACUGAGUGGUGGGGACGAGGAUAGGACAAUUAAAGUUGUCUGCUACGACUGGGACUUUGACGGAGGUCACGAUCUCAUUGGAGAAUUCUACACAAAUGUCAAGACCCUCGCUCUGGGUCCCGGCACUAGGAAUGAGUAUGAACUAAUUAAUAAAAAGAAGCAAGCGAAGAAGAAGAGCUACAAGAACUCUGGCAUCGUAAAGCUCAUGUCCUUUGGUAUCCGCGAAGAAGCAACGUUUCUGGACUACAUUAGAGGAGGAUUACAAAUGCACUUCACUGUUGCCAUCGACUUCACGGCAUCCAAUGGGAAUCCACGAGAUCCCUCAUCUCUUCACUACAUUGAUCCCGUGAAGCCCAACGCGUACAUGAUGGCUAUUCGAGCAGUGGGUGACGUCAUCCAGGACUACGACUAUGACAAAAUGUUCCCAGCACUCGGCUUUGGUGCACGCUUGCCGCCGGACGGUACCAUAUCCCACGAGUUCUUUCUGAAUGGGCACCCGACCGACCCUUAUUGUGCGGGUGUGGAAGGUAUAUUAGAGGCGUACCAAAGGACCCUGCAUUCUGUGCAGCUGUACGGACCCACGAACUUUGCACCUGUCAUCAACCACGUAGCAAAGUUUGCGAGAACGUACAGGGACGGUGCCAACUACUUUGUUCUUCUCGUCAUCACGGACGGAGUAAUCAGCGACAUGCCACAGACUAUGGAGGCCAUUGUGCAGGCAUCCUCAUUACCAAUGUCCAUCAUUAUCGUUGGUGUAGGAAACGCAGACUUUUCUGCCAUGGAGAUCCUGGAUGGAGACGUGAUUCGUGUCAGCUCGAGAGGGAGGACAGCCGAGAGGGACAUCGUGCAGUUUGUACCAUUUCACAAAUUCCUGCAAGGCGGACCGUGGGAGCGGAACCAGAUAAGGCUAGCUAAAGAAGUGCUUGCCGAAAUCCCUGACCAGGUCACCAGCUACAUGCUCAAGAACCACAUCAAGCCUGGCACAGGGGUGCCACAGCCCCGUUCAGACUCUGGGGGAAGGGAAGAGGAAAGCCCCAGCACAGCUCCCACACCGUCCUCGCCACCAGCCGAGGAACAGACCCGGUAGCUCUCCCUAGGUGUCCUCUCCAAAGAUAGUCCAUCAGCCAAACCAAGUUGACAUUCCUGUUUGAUUUGGCUAAGCUCGGGAAAUCAGUGACCAGACUCUCGAAUUGUGGUGUAGACACAGUGACCUCAUUCCAUUCUCGUUCUGUUAUUCUGAGGGAACAGUUUCAAUGUCAAGAAGCAACUUUCGUAGUACUAUGUAGCUUUGAUUCAAAGUAGAAGUGUUUCCGCCACAUCAGAAAACCAAAACGUUGCGGUCAAUAUCAACGUUCUCAUAGUAACAUUUGUUUUUUUGUAAGUUGAGUUGUUCAACGUGUCAUUUCACAUGUCAACUGUGGUUGCUUUCCUAGUGUUCAUGAAUAUGGUUUAUGUAGCAUUUCUGUGUGUCGGUUAAGAUAUUGAAGUUCAGCAGAAGAGAUUUUCUUGACCUCUGUGUGUUAGCUGUAAUUACUGUUGCUUUGAAUCUGCAUAUGCUGCUUGUCGCUGCAAGCUGCAGUACUUUUUUUGUGUGUGAAUUUAGCUUGUUUUGGAAGUGCAAAAAGAGCAGCUAAAGUCUAAAUGAGACAGUCUCUUGCGGUGGGCUCAGAGGUGAACAAAUGAAGCAGUGUGAUCAAAAAAAGCAAACAUUUAUGAUUUGUCUCUCGCUGAGCAGUUUCUAUGAGGUUAGUGCCAUUAAGCAAUAGCAAUCACUGGAACUAGCUGACUAGCAAUAGCUUAUAACAUUAACAUUGAGGAAGGCGAGUACCCUGCCAUACUACAAAGCAAGGGAGAGUGAAUUCAGCAGCAAUACUUGACAAUGGGCCUUGUGUUCUUGGCUAUUUUAUGUGCAAUGAGAAGCUGUCUGCUACAUUAAUCAAUUGUAUAUUCUUGUGAGCAGUAGCACUUCUGUGAUAUCAGAACCUUCAUCAGAGUUUCGGAGAUAAGAGUUACAGAGAGCGGGCUCAGGAUUUAACUGGUUCAAAUUUUUGCCUAUCAGAGUAUUUACAAUGUGGAAUGAAAUGCACGACCCCGGAGAUUCCAAAGUUCCUUUGUAAUCAAACCGCUGUUCCUCUACGUGUCUGUGCCAACGCCUGUUACCACUGAUGGUAUUCAGUGGCUAAUGUCGGUGCCUCUCGAUCAAAGAAAAAACAAGAAAGACACCACGUCGCCACUGUCCUUGCAUUCAGCCCACAUUACAAACAUGAACAAACAACGAGAUGCAAUCACUCGCAGUCAUCUUAGUUCCACAAUGCUCUGCCAAUGUUUUUUCACAAGCUAUUUUGUAUAGUCAACGUUCACAAUAUGCACCGCUUUACCUUGGAUACUCAAAUGAGGGUUCGUUUCUUCCUUCUUCAGCAGUGCUUGAAGAACGGCUGUGCCAAGGACAUUUUGUACGACUUUGUGCGUCCCACCAUCAUUUUAAUUGCAGUCUUCUCUCUCACACUGUUGUAUGUUUUGAAACUGUGAUGUGCAAAUGUGUUUCACGUUCACUUUCUGUCACGACCUACUUGAAUUAUAAUGAGCAUGUCACAAUCGGCAACCCCUAUGAGGAGCCCGUCCGCAAGAUCCGCUAGGGGCGCUACUCAUCGGCCCGCGAGAUCUCCAUCAUGAUUGGACGAUGGAAAUUUGAAUUUUGAACGCGCAGAAGCGGACGUACGACUACUGCAGCAGAUGACAGCGACAGCUGCUAUGAAAACGCGCAGAAUGAUGAUGAUGAUAAUCAACUUUAGAAUGAAACAUCUUCCGCGGGACAUUCAUCGCUUGUACAAAAAUACUAAGGUAAGCUGAAGUACAAAGUAUUGUAGAAGUUGAGGAAGCAAUAACCGGGCCGAUGAGUAGCGCCACCGCUAGCUUCCAAAUGCGGCACUGGGAAGGGGUGCCUAUGACAUGGUUGUUAUAAUAUAGUUGGCCGUGCUUUCUGUACUUGUGUAAUGACCAUUGCACUGGAAUGCACGUUUGUUUCUACCACAGCACAUGCACAUGCAAAAAAGGCCGCAGCGGCAACCCAAUUUGUGUUCUAUUUACCGUGUAUUCACACGAGCGACAUUCCUCGCAGAAGCGGGAGACGCGAAAAACGUUGUAGCUCUCUGAGCGCGAGCACUCAACGUCCAGUGUCCGCGUACACUGCUAACCGUGGGGGAUAUCCUGCGACACAGCCACAAGAUAUCCCGUAGCAGACGACAGGAGUGGACGCUUACGGUGUCGUCUGCUAAGUGCGCAGUACGCCACUCCCGAUAUUCCGCACCGUGUGAAUGCUCAACAUGACACGGGACGGAACUUCGGCUCUGUGAGCAGUGUUUUUGCUUUUUCUUCCACUAGAAUAUUCCGUGAGGAUGUCGCUCGUGUGAACACAUAGUUACUCGCUUAUUUGUUGACACUGUAUAGUAUGAAGUCUGUGAAACAAACAAAAAAAAAAACAGAAGAAAAAGAAAGUGCCACGUGCAAAUAUUUUUCGCGACGAAGGCUGCAUGCAAGUGUACAGUAAAGUUUUGUGUUAGGCAAAAAAAGAGACUCUGUGUUUCGAUGUUUUCAGAAGCAGAAGGUCGUUUUCGAGCGAGUGACUUCGAGCGCUCGUUUGCUUCAUAGUUCGUGCAGUGAGAAAGCGUCCACACAUGCAGUAGACCCUAGUUGAGCAAAGUCUUUCAAGUAGUGAAGCUCCAUGUUUCAUGUGAAUUCAGCUUAGAUCAAAUGCAUAGGUCUCUCUCUCUCUCUCUUAUUGCUGUAUCUUCCAGUUUACUGAAAGCACUCGUGCGACGGUGUGCCAAUUGGUGUUCUAGAUUCCCGCUCGAGCAGAUUGUUCUAGGAACCUUUCUUUGUACACAAAGUAUGCAAACUGCUACAUUUUUUCAUGUUUGCAAGAAACGGUGUGUCGCAUUAUUCACCUAGCGCAGCGAAACGUAACGCAAAACAGAGUGCGUGGUGCAGUAGAAAUAUAUUGUUUUAGAAAUAGUGAACAUGUUCGUGCUAACCAAAACUGCAGAGUGAUGAUGAUAAGACCUUCAGGAUGUAGUUGACAUGUAUGCUCAAAGAGUAGUGUGAAAUAUUGACGGGGGGGCAACAGGGGGUCAUAGGUGUUUGUGGAAAUUGGGUGCUGAGGAAUGUGUUGUAGAAGAUUAAGUUCGAAUCUAUACAUUGGCAUUUGCAAUAUAUGGAGGCUAGUCAAUGUUUCUGUGAAAUGCAUGACCUCUGCAGCAACACCUAAAUGCAUUUUCGAUGCAAUUCUGCAGAUUUAUUGUUAGGCUUCCGUCAUUAUGACUAUGUGCUGCCGACAUAGGCCAGUUGCGUCGAUGUUAACCAGUUAUCUAGAACCUUAUUGAUACGAAAUUCUAGGUAAUCACAUCAUUUCUCUUUUUUUUUUUGUUAUUCCAUGCAGUUUGUUGCAAUAUGGUAAUUCGAACUAAUUUGCUCAAAAAAAGAAAAGUGGGCCUCAAGUUGUGACAGUUAACACAACCACGCUUUAUGCUAGCUUUUACCAAUAAUACCUGGUGCAUUGUCUAGCCAUGUCUGGUACCCCCCUUAGUCAAAUUAUCCAAAGCUCAAAGUACGCCGGACAUCUAGAGAUCACCAGUCACCCCUUCUCAGUUGGAGGCUAAAGCAUGGUCCUACCCUGCAUGACCCUUUUAAAGUUAAAGCAACGAGCUCGACAACUUGGAAAAGUGCUGCCUCUCAAAAUGUUGAUGCCAGGUUUGGAAGGUGCGAGUUGAGACCUCACUUGAAAUUUCACAGCUUCUACUUAAAAGCGGUGUGGACAGAAUUCAGAGCAGGUCAUUCAGACGACAACGAAACGGGGGUGCCCUCUAGGCUUCCCUUACACAGCUCAAGUUCCCGGGAGGCAUGCCCUCAAGUCUGUUUUCACGUUUUGCUUUAGGAGCUACUCUCUCUCUCUCUCAAGGUUGUUGCUUGAGUACAGAAUGCACUCAUUUGCUUCAGUCAGUUAUGGAAGCACCCACUUUUCAUGCUGCUUCACGAUUCAUUUGUCCUCGUACAUUCAUUUUUGACAGAAUAUAAAUUCCGAGACAAUUUGUGCUGUGACAUAAUUACCUUUGUUUUUGUUUGUUUUCUAUCUUGCUACUCUGCAUAGAUGAUGCAGUAGAACCAUAUUGUACGAAGUUUUGGUACCUUUCCAACGUGGGUACGUAACCUAUGUUUAUUAACGUAGCUACGAAGCAUAGUAGCAAAGCAGAGAGAAGCGCAACAAAUCUGUUACACCCCAAAAAGUAUUUGCUACGAUGUGGUUCUACUGAGAUCGAGGAGUGCCAAAAUGACAUUCACAAACAACACAGUAUUUCGAUAGCACUCACUGCCACAUGUACUUCUAUAAUUUAUAACAAUACAAUACAAUACAUUUGAAGAGUGGGUGCUUUGUUAUGAACGCCUAGUUUACGUGAGAACUCGUCUCGGUUCCAGUUUAAAUGUGCAAUGCAGUCCAGGAGAAGCGUUUUGCCACACACUAUAUGCCGUUUGUUUGUGCCAAUGGCUGCACCCUGUGUGCGCUUUGUUUGAAUGUAUGUGUGAGCAUAUUUUAGAGAAUGUUAGUCUUGCACAUGCACAUUUGUUACAUAUGGAGAGUAUAUAAUAUAUAUACACACACACAUUAAUAAUGAGUGCUUUGAUGUUUCGUUGGAAAUGUUGUGGUUUUGUGAUUAUUUUUUUAUUCAGAUGCAUUCACUGCAAGGAAGAUCACCCGAAGUAAUAAAGUGAGAAGCAUUUUUCGAA